UGACCAGUUCUGUUCAGCCGGCCAAUCAUGGAAAGCGCUAAUUGUUGCAGAGAGGAGAAAAAAGUAGUUUGCCCUCAUUGGCUACCACAAUUUCAGAGAGAUGUCAUCUUUAAACAGGGCUUUCUACCUUCUCUGUCUGCUCUUAGGAGAAAUGACUCUAAUCACCGCAACAGUUGACCAACAAAACGUCAGAUUAAUCUCAGCUAUUGUUGGUGAAGACUUGACUUUGGCGUGUGUGGUGGACCACAGUGACGUACAGUUUUUCUGGUAUAGGCAAAGACUGGGUCGUAAGCCGCAAAUCAUCUGUUCCGUAUAUUCGUUCCAAGAAGUGGCAAAAUUUCACCAUGAAUUUAAGGACAAUCCACGAUUUAGAUUCGAAAAGAAAGAUGAUCAGAUGAACCUUCGUAUUUCAGAUGCUCAACCAACAGACUCAGCAACUUACUUCUGUAUGAGUGGUCACGAUUUGUUGAUGGAAUUCAAGGAGGCCAUCACUGUGAGAGUGGAGAAGUCAAGGUUGACCGUUCACUCUGUGGUCCAUCAGCCACAGUUUGAGAACUUCCAGCCAGGAGGCUCGGUGAAUCUUAGCUGUACAGUUCACCCUGGCAGCUGUGAUGGAGAACACAGUGUUUACUGGUUCCUCAGCUCUGGAGAACAUCAGCCAGGACUCCUUUACACCAGUGGAGGCAGGAGUGAUCAGUGUGAGAAGAAACCAAACACACAAACACACACCUGUGUCUACAACCUUCCACUGAACAUCUCUAAUUCUGGAACCUACUACUGUGCUGUGGCCUCAUGUGGACACAUACUGUUUGGAAAAGGAACUAAAGUGGAGUCUCAAGACGAAGUGAACUUGACGUAUUUAAUGUACGCAGCUUUGACCUUCACCUCCAUCCUCAGUGUUUUUCUGUCUGUGUUACUGGUUAAGAGGAACAAAGAGAACUGCUGCAAGUGUUCAGAUUCAACCAGAGAAAUAUCAGCUCCCUCCACAACAAAUGAAGAGGGCUACGGAGAUGAAGAAAACCUCCAUUAUGCUGCUUUAAGUGUCCACAACAGAACCAGACGACGGAUGGACAAUGUGGAGAAUGACUGUGUGUACUCCAGUGUACGACAUUAGCUCUGUAUUAGGUGAGGUAUUUCUCCAAAUAUAUAUGUAUUGUUAAACUAUAGCAGUAUAUAUGGAGAGAUAAUGUAUACUUUAGAACUAAAUUAUACUUACAUGAAUAAGUAUGCUCUGAACACAUUCCCAAUACCCCAUGCAUUUCCCAGUCCAGAUGAUGUUCAAAUGGUUGUUUGUGCAGGGAUCGGCUACAGCCUCCAGUAAAAUUAACAGUAAAAAAUAAAUUAUGAAUAAAUGUCAACAUUAUUACAAUG